AUGUCGGACGUCGUUUUCGAAUGCGUGAUUCCUUACAUACACGACUCCCGUGAUCGGCAAUCAGUCUCCUUGGUGUGCCGGAGAUGGUACGAGUUAGAUGCGCAGACUCGGAAGCACGUUACAAUAGCGUUGUGUUACUCGUCAACGCCGGAGCAGCUAUGGCGGAGGGUUCCCGUAUCUGGAAUCGUUGAAGUUAAAAGGGAAACCACGCGCCGCCAUGCUGUGCACUUUAGACGGAUGAUUGUGACAGACGACGAUCUUGAGGUACUCGCAAGAGCUCGUGGCCAUGUUCUUCAGGUUCUUAAGCUUGAUAAGUGCUCUGGCUUUUCCACCGAUGGACUGUUGCAUAUUUCACGUUCUUGCAGGAACUUGAAAACCUUGUUUCUUGAAGAGAGCCAAGUAACAGAAAAAGAUGGAGAGUGGCUACAUGAGCUUGCUUUGAACAACACAAUGCUUGAGACAUUAAACUUUUACAUGACAGAUCUUUCACAAGUAAACUUUAAAGAUCUUGAACUCAUAGCUACAAAAUGCAAGUCUCUGGUUUCAGUCAAAAUUGGGGAUUGUGAGAUCUUGGAUCUUGUUGGCUUCUUUCGGGCAGCUGUUUCACUACAAGAGUUUGGUGGGGGUUGCUUUAAUGAUCAAGCAGGAGGGUAUGGUGACGUGGCAUACCCUCCAAGAUUAUGUCGUUUGGGUCUAAAUUACAUGAGUAGUUCUGAAAUGCCAAUUGUGUUUCCCUUUGCAUCAAGGCUCAAGAAACUUGAUCUCCUUUAUGCUCUUCUUGACACAGAGGAUCAUUGUCUCUUGCUCCAACGUUGUCCCAAUCUUGAAGUUCUUGAGACAAGAACAGUGAUUGGAGACAGGGGACUUGAAGUUCUCGCAAAUUCAUGCAAAAAAAUAAAACGAUUAAGAGUGGAACGAGGAGCAGAUGAACAAGAAAUGGAAUACGAAGAAGGCGUCGUAUCUCAAAGAGGCUUAACAGCUAUAGCCAAAGGCUGUCUACUCCUCGAAUACAUCGCCGUUUACGUCUCCGACAUCACAAACGCCGCCCUCGAAUCCAUGGGCCUCCACUUAACAAACCUCUCCGACUUCCGUCUCGUCUUGCUCGACGGAGAAGACGUAAUUACCGAUUUACCCCUCGACAAGGGUGUUCGAUCUCUACUUAGCGGCUGCCGUAAACUCAAACGAUUCGCUCUGUAUCUCAGGCCGGGAGGGUUGACCGAUGAGGGUUUGACUUACAUCGGUCAAUACAGUCAACAUGUUCGAUGGAUGUUGUUAGGGUAUGUUGGUGAAUCUGAUAAAGGGCUUUUAGGGUUUUCGAAAGGGUGCCCUAGUUUACAGAAGCUUGAAGUGCGAGGGUGUUGUUUUAGUGAACAUGCACUUGCGAAUGCUGUUUUGGAGUUGAAAUCGCUUAGGUAUCUUUGGGUUCAAGGGUAUAGAGGGUCGCAGAAUGGGUGUGAUUUUUUGGCUAUGGCGAGACCUUUUUGGAAUAUUGAGAUAAUUCCUUCUAGAAGGGUGAAUUGUGGGGAAGAUAAAGUGGUGGAUCAUCCUGCUCAUGUUCUUGCGUAUUAUUCUUUUGCUGGAUCAAGAACAGAUUGCCCUCCUUCUGUUAUUCCAUUUAGAGAGAUAUAUAAAAGGAAGAUUAAUGGAAGAAGAUGA